AUGUUGAGCUCUGCCUGUGCUAAAAGUGAAAGGCGACAUCAACUGAUAAACUAGUCUGUGGGUAAGGCAUACGGCUGCGAAGAGUUUGCUCUGACUCUGCAGCUUCCCCAGAGCGACAUAAGGCACUGGGUGGAAACUCCCGUACGCUACCAGGAGCAGUUUGCCGUCCAAGAGCUGGAAGCCCACAAACUGGACCACUCUUUAUACGCUUUGCCAGGCCCUUCUACAGCUGCGCUGGGCAAUGGAAGGUGUAUCACGGAAAGCACCACCGGGGCUGGGAGGAGCGGCCAGGAGGAGGAAAACGCACGCUUUCAGGUCUUGCUGGAUGUGGUGCAGUUCCGCCCUGAAGAUAUCAUUAUUCAGACUUUCGAAGGCUGGCUCCUGAUCAAAGCUCAGCACGGACCCAGGAUGGAUGAACACGGCUUCAUAUCCAGAAGCUUUACCAGACAAUACAAAUUACCUAAUGGAGUGGAGAACAAAGACUUGUCUGCACUUUUCUGCCAUGAUGGCAUUUUGGUUGUUGAAAUGAAAAACUCGGUGGAAAAGAAUUAG